GCCGAUAUGAGCCCGGUACGUAUAAGAAACGAGUUACUGUAGGCAGUUAUGAACCUGUCAUUGAUGAUUCACGUGCAGUAGUCGGCCGAACCUGAAGUGCAGCGACGAUGUUUUAUGUUUCGCUAUUCGCGAGCAAAUGUUCAACGAUCUUCUUACUUGCCGUCUGAGUUGCCGACAGUAUUUUAUUGUAGUCUUUCCAUAAGUUUUGCUCGGGAAGAUAUGAAUAUAAGCAGUUAAUACUGCAAUAAUGGAGCGAAGCUACGGAAACACUGAUCAGCUGUCAGUUGACGUUACCGUAAGGUUAUUAGAUGCCCACUGCGCGAGUUUGCUCACCUGGGCUGGGAUCACCGUAGCAGUGCAAAUUCUGGAUUAUUUUUCCGUUGGCCAGUGGUUCUUACCAGGUGAAGUAACCAACUCCAACGCCAGCAUAUUUCAAUGGUCAACGUUAUUGACGAUUGCGAAUCUCGUAAUUAUCGUAUCUUAUGUAUUUCUCAAUCUUCACGCGGUUCUGACUGGUUCUUCGCAGACCGCUCAUAGCGGCACCUCGACAGAUUCGGGAAGUCCAGUGCGGUCCAAGGUGAUAAUCACCGGCAUUUUAGUGAUAUCCUUAGCGAUUGCUUACGCCGGCAUUUUCGUUGUUAACUCACCUGUGGUGUUGGAGAUAUUCAAAUCGCGCACAAACGCCGGAAUUGCCGCUUUAACUGUUAUCCUGUGUUUUCGAGGUGUGAUUAGCGGUUAUGCAACGUUGUUGGUUGCUUGUCUGAUGUCCUUGCAUACCGGUGCACUGGUCGCAGUGUUUUUCCUAACCACAUAUGCGGCACAAUCCGGUCUGUGGUGGGGAAGCACUCUGCGUUUGCUUGCAGCACAAAAUCACAAUGCCACACACUUUAAACAAGGAGCUUGACCUCGUUCAUCUGCUUAUUAAAUUUACAAUUAUGUGGCAGGAAUCGGUACUUGCUUUUGCCGUACGUUUAUUAACUGCCAAUGAUUGUGCUUCCGACAUCACAAGGAUUAGAAAAAUUUUCUUGUGUCAAAGCCGGCAUUAAAUUGUUUUUUGGUCC